AUGGAUGUGGGUACAGAUGUGGGUACGGAUGUGGGUACAGAUGUGGGUACGGAUGUGGGUACAGAUGUGGGUACUGAUGUGGGUACAGAUGUGGGUACAGAUGUGGGUACGGAUGUGGGUACAGAUGUGGGUACAGAUGUGGGUACGGAUGUGGGUACAGAUGUGGGUACAGAUGUGGGUAUGGAUGUGGAUGUGGGUAUGGAUGUGGGUACGGAUGUGGGUACGGAUGUCGGUAUAGAUGUGAGUACGGAUGUGGGUAUAGAUGUAGGUAUAGAUGUGGGUAUGAAUGUGGGUACUGAUGUGGGUACGGAUGUGGGUACGGAUGUGGGUACGGAUGUGGGUACUGAUGUGGGUACAGAUGUGGGUACAGAUGUGGGUACGGAUGUGGGUACAGAUGUGGGUACAGAUGUGGGUAUGGAUGUGGGUACAGAUGUGGAUGUGGGUACAGAUGUGGGUAUGGAUGUGGGUACAGAUGUGGGUACGGAUGUGGGUACGGAUGUGGGUACGGAUGUCGGUAUAGAUGUGAGUACGGAUGUGGGUAUAGAUGUAGGUAUAGAUGUGGGUAUGAAUGUGGUUAGUCAGCUAGCUAAGGAGUGGACCCGCUCACGCCACACUGUCAAGACCAAGUAA